AGAUAGAGUGUCGGUGCCAAGGAAUAGACGGUGACAAAGCUAAGAUGAUAAAUUUGGCUCGCUUCCUAUCCAUUAUGCACACAGAGCGGACCUAUGUUUAUCUAUCAUCUGGCGCGAACCGUUGACCACAAUAUGGCGGGAACAUGAACUUUCUUGACUUUAUCAAGAUUCCUAAUCAUGAGCUAAUCAUGCGCAGGCCGAGGUUUAUUAUUCAAACGCUUCUGGCGGCGAGUUCAGGGUGAAAGGAAUCAAGUGAUCUAAAUUAGCUUUGUGAAUACGAAAGCGAAUCAAUUAACUAAGCGACGGCACAAGGCAAUCUUUGCUGACACCUUUCCAGCCUACCGAUCACUCAUUAUUUUGUUUUUUCCGGGCUUUUGUUAGCUGGAUUUCAGCCGCCUGGUUUAAUAGAGUGACUGGAGAGCCAUUGUGUGUGAAGAAGUCUGAGUACUGCAAGCCCACGAUCUUUGGUAACGACAAACCGCGACAAACACACUUAUUUUUGUGCUCGCUUUGCCGCUGCCGCUAAAAAAAAAUAUUAUGUUACAGCUGGAUAUAUUUGGCAGAACAGCUUGAUGCUGUCAGAAGGGAUUGAGCUUGAGAUCGACUUUUGUACUUCUUCGAUCUUCGCGUCAACCUUGGACGGAUUAAUAAUGGUUAUCUCAAUGAUCGUGUUGCAAACACAGACCAAACAAUAGCAGUUUCCUAGGUCGUGUUAAUGUUUUGGCAGAUAUUAUUUAUCAAUUUCUCAUCUGCUGUUUGGUCGGUUGCGUGCGUGACACUUCAUCUUGUUUCUGGGCAUCGGCUAAAUAUUGUUCGACGCCAUCUGCUUAUCAUUCUCGUAAGCAGAGCACAGUUAAGAUGUACGGCUUGCUUCUCGAGAACUUCCGCUGCGUUAUAUUAGAGAAAUAUGGCGAACCGGCUUGGAACAAAAUUGUAGAGAAGUCUGGAACAGGACAUCACACAUUUGCCACGCAUAAAAUAUACUCUGAAGAUGUGAUGGCUCGGCUUGUACAAGCAGCUUUGGAGGUGACGAACCAUACUAGAGAAGAAAUCACUGAAGACGUCGGACUUCAUUUUCUGGGAUUUAUUGGCCAGUAUGGCUACGACAGAAUUUUAAAAGUCCUUGGCAGACACAUGAGGGAUUUUUUGAAUGGUCUGGACAAUCUUCACGAGUAUUUGCGUUUCACCUACCCUAAGUUAAAAGCACCAUCGUUUUUCUGUGACAAUGAAACUGAGACUGGCCUGACAUUGCACUACCGCUCGUCAAGAAAAGGCUUUCUCCACUACGUGAUCGGUCAGAUUAAAGCUGUCGGCCGAUUCUUCUAUCAUCUUGAAGUGGAUGUGAAGGUUUUGGAGUACAAUGAAAACAACCACGGGAGUUACGCACUGUUUCAGUUGACCUUCGACAACAGCGUUUACAUGGAGACCCGUCGACGGCCCAAACGGCAUUCUGUUAUCUCGCUCAACGGCGAAGCCGGGGACUUGAAGAUACCGAUGGAUGUAUUUUACGAAGUCUUUCCCUUUCAUAUUGUUUUCGAUCGACAGAUGGUGAUUUCCAGCACUGGAAAUAGUCUAGAGGCUGUGUUGCCAGACCUUCCUGGCAAAAAGAUUGCUUCGCAGUUUACUUUGAUUCGACCGUUCACGGAGUUUACAUGGGAAAAUGUGACGACUCACACCAAUGUGGCAUUUGAAUUACUGUCAAUUGAGGCCGUGGUACAAAACAACAAUCCUGCCAUCCUGAAUCUUCAAAAUGGAGAGGCGAUGGUGAAUGGAAAGAAACAGGAAAGUGCUGAUGAAGACUCUGGCUGUCACAUCCAUCUCAAGGGACAGAUGUUGUUUAUGGAUGAGUGGCAAUCAAUGGUCUACCUUGCAACUCCUAUCAUUGAGAAGUUGGAUGUGAUGUGCUGCAUGGGUUUAUAUAUCAAUGACUUGAGCAUGCAUGAUUCAAGUAGAGACCUUGUGUUAGCUGGGACACAGCAGUCGGCAGAACUGAGACUGGCUCUUGAUCAGGAAUUGGUCAAAAGUGCUAAACUUGAGGAAAGUAUGAAGGAGCUGGAUAUUGAGAAGAGACGCACAGAUUCAUUGCUGUAUCAAAUGAUCCCAAGAUCUGUGGCUGAUCGUCUGAGGCAGGGUGAACCAGCUCUUAAUACUUGUGAGAUGUUCCAUGAUGUGUCUGUUCUGUUCAGUGAUGUAGUGGGAUUCACGCACAUUUGUUCUCUGAUAAGCCCCAUGGAAGUAGUUACCAUGUUGAAUAACAUGUACACAGUCUUUGAUCAGAUCAGCGAGCAACACAAUGUCUACAAGGUGGAGACAAUUGGUGAUGCAUACAUGAUUGUGAGUGGUGUUCCUGAGCGUAGCCAUUACCAUGCAGAACAUGUUGCCGACCUUGCACUGGAUAUGAUAUCUGCCAUGCCGACACUUUGUGAUCCUUCGAAAUCAUCCCAACACCUCAAAAUCAGGAUAGGUGUACAUACCGGAAUGGUUGUAGCAGGUGUAGUUGGUUUGAAAAUGCCACGGUAUUGUUUGUUUGGUGACACUGUCAACACAGCCUCUAGGAUGGAGUCCUCUGGACUGGCAAUGAGGAUCCACAUCAGUGAGACAACUUACAAUUGUUUACAAACUGCCAACUACGUCACAAAGCAGCGAGGCAGCAUUGAUAUUAAGGGCAAGGGAGGAAUGAAGACGUUUUGGCUGGUUGGUAAGAAAGAAGGAGGAGAAGCCACCCAGACCUUCAUGUCCAUGGUUGGCGGCCAUACAACUGCUAUUGGUCCUCACUGUGAAACAGGCAGAUUAUCUGCCACCCAGAGUAAACCCAGCCUUCAGCCAGUGAUGGGGUCGUUCUUUGAAGAAGAUGAAGCCAAUGAAGAAGAUGAUGAUGUAGUGAUACAGCAGAAAGACAGUCCAGUCGCAUAUUAUGGUCAUGUUCCACACACACCACAUAACAUAAAUGGCCUGCACUUUCAGUGGGACAAGGUCAAGGGUAAUGACGAUAUAAUAAAAGCAGAUAAUUCUGCCACAGAUGAAAAGAAAAGCAAAUCAAAUGAGGAAAAUGAGAAAAACACUCAAGAACAAGCCAAGCCACCUGGACAAGCCAAACCUUCAAAUGUUGCAUCAACAUCCCUGUGCAAUCUUUUUUAACUUACUACUGGUCAGUAACUUAAGUAUCCUAUUUACACAAGAUGCAAAGAAAACCAAUUUUCAAGUUUGCCUCAGGGCAAGCUGUAAUAAUUAUGAUUCACUAGUCCAAAAAGCAUCCUCACUACUACCCUACCCCCCCUCUCCCCCUCAUCCACCCAUCCGAAAAGAAGAGGUCUGCUGCAGAGAACCUCUCAGUUGGCCAACUGCAGGGUGUAUAAAGACUCUGCUUUGUGACCUUUAUGGAUCUCACAGAUCUUACAGGGAGAUUGUCUUUUUAUGGGUUGAAUCAGUUGGAUUUCACGAACAGUAAUGUUCAUGUAAAUAUGUUUACUUACACUCAGGAGCACAUCACUUUGAACAAGAUGAUAUGCUUCUGAUAAACUUUAAAUAUUAGAGUCUUGAACAAUAACUAGUGGUGUGCCCCAAAAAAGACCUGUACAUAGUUGCUACAUUAUAGACAUAGAAAGUAUUUUUACUUUUAUUAGAUCUAAUGCUCGGUUUUAAUCU